GUCACGAGAUGAAUAGUUCUCUGAUGACGUUUUUGAAAUAAAACGGUCACGUGCCACAUUUCUUACUCAUAUCCUAUACGUCAUAACAACAACGAGAAACACGAUGACAUCACAACCGCUAUAACUGCGCAACCCGACUCCAUAGCGAUAGUAACAUAAACAAAAGAAAAACAGAAUCUUCAGAUUCUAAAUAAGUUGAAGUGGAUCAAAAAAAUAGAGAAAAACCAUGGCGUAUCUUGACGAAGUAAUGAACUUUUCCAACAAAAUGUUACAGGGGAUAGCAAAAAGUUGGUUUAUCCAGAGAAAUAGAAAGAUUACAGAAGAAGAGGCUCUAAAAAGAGAGGAUAAAGAAAUGGAAAUGCGCAUCAGUGAAGAGAUUGAGCUGAUCUCCUGCAACCGCGAACUCCUAAAAUUACAAGAAUUUCAUGACAUGAGGAUGAACGAGUUACAUAGCCUCAAACGGACUGUAACUGACUGUAGGAAGAAAAAGCGGGCUCUAGAUAAAUACAUCAGCGUUAUAAGUUGUCGGUUUCGACAUCAAAAGCAGCAGCGUGGACAUUGCAACUGUAACAUUUGUCAGACUGGGUCGAGAGUACUGGACUUAUCCGUGUACCAGAGGGGUGAAUCGCACUUUCCAACGAUAGAAGAAAUGCGAUACAUCAUAGAAUAGGCUUUGACCUAUUUAUUGUAUUGAAAGACAAUUGUCACGUUUUACUUUAUUUGCAUGGAGUUGAUUGAUUUCGUCAUGUUCGUUAUCUUUCUCAUUUCUUAAAAAAUGUUGAUUGAAUACAAAUGCUGUUAUUUUUAAUGAAA